AUGCGGCAGAAACAGGACAACCUCCUCGUGAAGAAAACACAACCCUGCACUCUGCCGAUACCCCAACUCGUGGAACCAAAGCCAGCCUUAGCAGCACCCACAGCAGAUAUCCUUCGUAAUCCCAUUCAAACCGAACUAAAAGAAACACAUCAGAAAGGAACAAUUACCGUUGCUCUUGAUGAACUACAGGUUCCCGCUGCUGUCAGUGUCGAAGCCGAACAAAUGUCGUCGCCUAUUAAUACGUCUUCUGAGGUAAAUUCAGGACAGGAAGUUAUUGUGCCACCUAUCAACAAGGUCAUCGCACCGGAGGUAAUACCAAUUGAAGUUGUUCCCGUCAUUAAUAAAGCAUCGGAGGCUUCAUUUGAAAACAGCCCGGCGGAAACCCCAGGCAUUUCAGGUGUGAAUACCGUUAUUAGUAUACCGCAGAAUGAAGUACAGCCAGGCAGCUCUAAACAAACACCAGGACCAUUGCUAAAUGCAGCUGCAGGAGAACCGCAAAAUCCAAAUGGGCAGGCUGGUGAGAAGACACCCGCCACAAUUUCCACCGUUGUCGUUACGAAGAUCAAUUUCGACGGUCCUCAUUCAACUCAGGAUAGUGAACCAAUUAAGACAGAGCUUAAGGACGACGCGAGACCCAAGGUCGAUGUAUCUAGCACAUCAAAUGACAGUCCCGCUACAAUCUCUAGUACAAGCUCACCAGAGGGUACCCCAACAGAUACCUCCAAAGUUUCAUUUGUCACGUAUGCAACUGAGCCGUCAAGCGUUCCAGUAUCAUCGCAGGAAGGUUCCACGGAGAAGGGACGUACCCCAACAUCGACAACUUCGAACGACCAGACAUCACACCAGGUUUCUACAGUCGAAAAUUCAGGAACAACCUCCAGUGGUCCGGAAAGUCCAAAUAUUCCUGUCAUGAGCCUUUUGUAUCACGGUUUGGUUUCCGCGAGUAAUGGUGGCACCACACAGAGCACACACCUUCCUGACCAACCUAGACCCUUAGGACAACCUGCUGGGACCAAUCCUCCUGAAGAAAAUCUUAAACCUAGUGCUGUUCAGCCCAACCCGACGACUGCUUCCCUUGGCCAAAACAAUGCGCAAUUAGUUUCUAGUGCAGGCUUGCUCCCUACGCCUCUGGAAGCCAGUCAGCAAUUCAACAGCCAACACCAGAAAACACCUCUGGGCACUGCACCUGGUGCUACCGUUGGGGCAGCUCCUUACACUACGGUGCUGGGGGAUUCUUUACUCUCAGUGCACACACCGUCGAAACCAACCGUUCUUAAGCUACAAAGUCCGUACGCGACCAGGUUCUUCCCCAACCAACUUCCGCAACAUACUAUCUCACCCACGCCACCUCCAACCAGCAUAACGCCAGAAGUAGCUCAGUUGGCAACCUCGGGCCAGCCGCAGGGGUCGGCUUUCACGAACUCCCAGGGCAGUCAGCCUCACACUCGCAUCUUCUUCUCGCCACCAUCGCAAAACCCCAAGGGCCAACAACAACCCCUGGCGGCACCACCUUAUUUCGUCAGCUUCAGACACGACUACGUCAACCCAAAUAAGCCCACAUUCCCACAGGGUCAAGUUUCCUACACAACGAAGCAGAAGGUACCUGCUGAGGUCCUUCUUCCGCACAUUCUUUCUCAAGAGGCCGCAGCAAAUGAGAAUGCUCCUGGUGGCGACAAGGGGCUGCAGAAUCGUGUCCGGCCUCAACAGCCAUCGCCGCCUUCCAACUCCGGGCCUCAAGCAAACCAGCAGGUGUUCGCUCCGCCGUCGUACAAUCCGGGCUUUUCUCCACACUUUUCGCUAGCGCCGGGAUACAAGGGCCCAGUAACCACGAUCAUACUAAACCCAGACUUGUCUUCGCCGUACCAGUUCGGGUCGUACGUUCCGCGUUCCGAGUCAAGCGACCAGAAACGUGAAGGACUGUACAAGGUCAAGUCGUUUGUUCCAAGCGUGUCUGCCACCGUGCCUGGAAGUCCCGCGUAUACGGCCACGUCUUUCGUUCCAGACAGACAGACGUAUUCUCAAGGCGGCAAGGUGUUCAAAGUGACCUCGUUUGUUCCUCGAGGAUCGCGACCCGUUCAGGGGGGAUUCCGACAAACGGUGCAGCCGAUUCCCAACGGUCAGCGCUCCUUCCCGUCCGCACCGGGACGAACCGUGUACAGAGUGGCACCUGUCGGGUCACGCCGGUCGCAACCCGCUCAGAGGCUCCAAGAUUUGCACGUGACGGUCAUCGGCCCGGGGGGACAGCUGCGCGCUCCGCAACAGCGCGUCUUCAAUAUCGCACCUUUCGCUCCUCAAGCUAGGGCCGUUUCGGCAAGACAGGGACUUCAGCCAGCGGGUUCGGCUCAAUCCAGAUUUCCGCCGUUCAGGAGACGGCCACAGCAAGCGAUCGUCGAAGUACGGGCGGUCCCGAUUCAGUUCCACCAGAGGCCCGCCGGACACAGAGUGACACCCUCCUUUCACGAGCAGCCCCUGACUUUCUACGACGUGCCACAGAGGCAGUCUGCGGGCGGUCCAGCGCUGCGGCCGUCCGUCGCCUCUGCCAACGGCCCGGGAUUUCCGAACGGAAGAGCGCGAUUUCAGCCGGUCCAGGUGGUCAGGAAGGCAGUGGGCCCACCCUCCCCUCCUCAGCCCCUGAUAGCGUCGGCGGCUUACCAAGCGCCCGUCUUUCAUGGCGUAACCAGAGUAGUGAUUAGGCCGGGACAAUCAAUUGUCUCACGAUGAGUGUAGACAUCAGUGCCAACUGCGAAUGUAGGCGAUACAUUGAAUUAUUAUGGUGUUAGUGAGGUGCCCUAGCUUUAUGAAUGCGACGCC